AUGAUCAGUGUGCCGAAAAGCCGUAUUUAUCGUUUAAUUCGUGAAGGUCAAGUGCGCGUCAAUAAAAAGCGUAUAAAAGCAGAAACUAAGCUGGCGAUUGGCGAUCAAAUCCGUGUUGCACCUAUUCGCUUUGAGCAAAAAGACGAAACUGAUGCACCUGUAUCCGAUAAGGUUGCACAAAGCUUACUCAGCCGUGUGGUGUAUGAGGAUGAAGGUUUAUUGGUGGUCAACAAGCCGUCUGGAAUUGCCGUACAUGGUGGAAGCGGUGUGGCUUACGGCUUAAUUGAAGGUUUACGCGCGGCAACAGGUAAAAAAUAUUUGGAAUUGAUUCAUCGUAUUGACCGUGAUACUUCGGGUCUGGUGAUGGUGAGUAAAAAACGCAGCACAUUGAAGGCGCUACAAGACAUGUUGCGUGAGCAUAAAAUUAAAAAAACCUAUGCUGCGAUUGUUAAAGGUCAAGUGAGUUUAGACCAACAGUUGAUUAAUCAACCUUUAUUGCGCUAUGAACUGUCCAAUGGUGAACGUCGCGUACGUGUCUCAGAAGAAGGUAAAGAAUCUAAGACACAAUGGAAAGUCGCUGAGCGCUUUAUGCAUGCGACACUGGUCUAUGCUUCCCCACUGUCGGGUCGUACCCAUCAAAUUCGUGUACAUGGUUUAAGUAUUGGUCAUCCUUUAGUGGGCGACGAUAAGUAUGGUCAUGAAACAGAGUAUCGUGGACCAAAAGCUCGUCGAUUGAGUCUACAUGCAAUGCGCCUUGAAAUUCCUGGUUAUCCUGUGAUCGAAGCGCCUUUACCUGAAGAUAUGCAAAGCUUGGUUGCACAGCUAAGAGCACAAAAGAAAGAUUGA